AUGGACGCCUCUAAAAAUGAUGCGUUAGAACGUCACGAUAACCUAUCCGAUGGCAUUUUUAAUUUAUUGCAUCCAAUCCUGGAACGUUUAAACGGCAAAUUGGAAAACGUUAGGGCUACGCAGUCACUAUUGGAUGAAAAUAUCUUAAGAUUGAUUGUUGAUUUAAGAGAACUUCAUAAGUUGCAGGACAUCCCUAUACCUCUAGACUCCUACAUAAAAAGAUUACAAUUAGCGAAGCGCAAAGUCUCUAGUGUCAAUACGAUCCUCCAGAACUCUAAGGAUAGACUUGAAAAAUUGCAUCAAAAUAUUGCUACUGAAACCCGCAAGAAGAAAAAUCUGACUUAAAUGAUAUAAAUACCAUUAUGUGGUGUUAGCUAAGUGAAUUAAGAAUGCUAUUCUCACGUUAAUGGCAAAAUUUUACAUUGAAUUCUGGUUUGCUCACGUUGUAUUUAUUUAUGUGCCAACUUGUAUAAUUGUCCACUUCUGCUAAGGGAUUACCUUAUCCGCGUUCAUCUACUUUUCAUGCAACGUGGCGAUCAAAC